UUUAGAAAUUCAGUACCUCAGUAAUCAAAAUGGCGUUAUUGUGGUCGGUGGUGUCGGUGGGUUUCUCGCUGCUGUUGACGCCGUUUUUGAUGUUUCUACUGGCAGUCCUAUUUUUGGCAUCGAUUGGAAAGUCACUAGGUGUCAGGAGGCUCUACGUUAAAUUGUUGCUAGCAAUUUUCGAGUUUGGAAGACAAAAUAUUGAAAAAGUAAGGAAAAACAACAGAAAUUGGGAACCCGAUGAAAGCGAGGAUGAAAGCGGAGCCUCAGAAGAUACUGGAAACGAUACAUCUGCUAAUUUUCCCAGAAAUUACAAAAAGUACAAUGCGACGGAGAAGAAACAGAAUGGAGUACUUGGAAAUUCGGUGAUCGCCAGGUCGAAAGACCUAAUUAUGGUUCCAGAACCAGAAAUGAAUAACAAAAAUCACAUCAAUCAUGAUAAUCACAGUCAUUCUUAUGGAAAUACACUGGAAGUGAACGGUAACAAAGAGAGUAGCUUACCUAGAGAAGACUCAUUCGAGAUGUUGAAACGAGAAUUCGACACAUCGACCUGUCUGGAUUACAUCAGGGCUGGCGUCGAAGCGAUUAUUGAAGAUGAAGUAACGUCCAGGUUCGAGGCCGAAGAACUUAAGGUGAAUUGGAAUCUCUUAACGAGAACCAAUAGACACUACGAAUUCAUCUCUUGGAAGUUGACAGUCAUAUGGAUGUUUGGCUUCCUGAUGCGAUACUGCUUCCUUCUCCCUUUAAGGAUACUCAUCUGUUUCAUUGGGGCAGUGUGGCUGGUAGCGACGACAUUUAUUGUUGGCUUUAUGCCGGACGGAGUGAUAAAACGUUGGCUAAGUGAACACGCUUCCUUGAUAGCGUUCAGAAUUUUUGUACGUUCUGUAUCCGGCGUUAUAACCGUACACAAUCCAGAGUAUAUGCCGAAAGGAGGAGGAGUAUGCGUUGCAAAUCAUACGUCAACGAUAGAUGUUGGAAUAUUGUCUGCUCAGACAACAUUUUCGUUGGUGAUGUGGCUGACGGCGUGUACAGCGGUUGUGGGAUAUGUGCCAGAAGGUAGAUUCAAAAGAUGGCUGAACCACAGAGUAUCAAUAAUGUGCUUCAGCGUACUAUCCAGUGCGCUUUCCUCAGUUAUCCACUACCACAACACUGAGAACCGACCACUGAGGGGUAUUUGUGUCGCCAAUCACACAUCACCUAUUGACGUGCUUGUUCUCAUGCGCGAUAACUCUUAUUCUUUGAUAGGUCAACGACAUGGCGGGUUUUUAGGGAUUCUUCAACGUGCUCUUGCUCGAGCUUCCCCUCAUAUUUGGUUUGAAAGAUCAGAAGUUAAAGACAGAGAAGCUGUUACAAAAAGGUUAAAGAAGCAUGUCUCAGAUCCUUCGAAUCCACCGAUAUUGAUAUUUCCUGAAGGAACCUGUAUUAAUAACACUUCUGUAAUGCAGUUCAAAAAAGGUAGCUUUGAAGUAGGAGGUGUAAUAUACCCUGUUGCCAUAAAGUACGAUCCAAAGUUUGGUGAUGCUUUUUGGAACAGUAGCAAAUAUUCAAUGAUCCAGUAUUUAUACAUGAUGAUGAGUAGCUGGGCGAUAGUCUGUGAUGUUUGGUACUUGCCACCCAUGUACAGACAGGAUGGAGAGAGUGCUAUUGACUUUGCUAACAGAGUUAAAGCUGUAAUCGCCAGGCAGGGCGGACUUGUCGAUCUCCAAUGGGAUGGUCAGCUGAAAAGAAUAAAGCCAAAGAAAGCAUGGAGGGAAAAGCAGCAAGAAGAAUUUAGUAAACGAAUAAAAUUUGAUUAAAUAUUUAAGGCAGAAAAAAGACGAAACAAAACUUCAGAUCUAGCACAAAAUGAGCGAGAUUUAACCAUCAGAUCUUAGGAUAUAAUAUUGUUUGGAAAUUGGAAACGUUUUCAAAAAUGCAGAAAAUUUCCUUUGUGCAAAAUCUGUCUAUUUUCACGCAUCUGUGGAAAAAAAAAAAAAAUAAGAAUCCCCUCUUAUUCAAGUCAUUCGACUUCGUGCACUCACAUUUCCUUGUUCCAUCAAUGUUAUCUGAUGUACGACCAGCAAACUCUGACUUUCAUAUCUUAUUUCUUCAGAUGUGAAAUUUUGUCGAUAUAAUUGAAUGUAUAGGGAAACAUGUAUUACAUUGUACAUAUAUUUAUCCCUCAAAACAAGGCGCUGACAAUUUUUCAACACCACUAUCUAACAAAAUUUUGUUAACUAAAAUAACUAUUUGUGAAUACUGUCUCGAUUUAUGUUUCUUUAGAAACCAAACGCGAAUUGAGUGUAGUUAUUCCUUCGUUGUCAAUAAUUAAUACAUAGUUAAUACGUUGGAAACUAACUCGCUAACAAGCACAAAACAGUCUUGUGAAACAUUGAUUUUGAUGAAAAAAAAAAAAGUCGGGAAGAAACUUUUUCAUCACAUAUUAAUAGCUACCACUAAAA